UUGUGGGAGCUUUCAGUUUCAGUGCUCUGCCCCUCUCAAGUCUCACCAUGACUGCAAACACGUCCUUCCUUGUCCUCCACCCACGUCUCAACCUCUACCUUAAACCCUCCACUUCCGUUCUCCUUCCUUCCCUCUUAAACCUCCCUAUUAAACACUUCUCUCAAACCCCAAUUCCUUCUCAUCUCUCGUCCUCACUCGUCGCAAUAAACCGAAAUCACGGAUUCCGCAUUCCCAGAUUUUCCAUCUCUCAAAACCAUAGGAACCUCCAUUCGUCGCCUUGUUCAGCACAAUCUAUUAGCUUGAAUUCAUCUGAAAAUGUUGGCGGCGGUAGGUCUGGAACUCUGUCGUCGCCUCCCGUCGUCGAAGUAUCAGACAAGAUCGACGUCAAUCCUCCGAAAGGAACCAGGGACUUCCCUCCUGAGGAGAUGCGUUUACGAAGUUGGCUUUUCCAUAAUUUCAGAGAGGUUUCUCGGUUGUUUGGAUUUGAAGAGGUUGAUUAUCCGGUGCUCGAGUCGGAGGCGCUUUUCAUUAGAAAAGCUGGGGAGGAGAUCAGAGACCAGUUGUACAGUUUUGAGGAUCGGGGAAAUCGUCGUGUUGCUUUGAGACCUGAACUGACUCCUUCUUUGGCAAGGCUUGUGAUACAGAAAGGAAAAUCUGUCUCCCUCCCAUUAAAAUGGUUUGCCAUUGGGCAGUGUUGGCGUUAUGAGCGGAUGACAAGGGGACGGCGUCGUGAACACUACCAAUGGAAUAUGGAUAUAAUUGGUGUUCCUGAAGUUACAGCUGAAGCAGAGCUUAUCUCUUCUAUUGUCACCUUUUUCAAGCGACUUGGAAUCACAGCAUCAGAUGUGGGGUUUAAAGUUUCUAGCAGAAAGGUUUUACAAGAAGUGCUUCGCUGCUACUCUAUUCCAGAAAAUUUGUUUGGCAAAGUUUGCAUCAUCAUUGACAAGAUGGAAAAGAUUCCCAUGGAUGAGAUCAAGAGGGAGCUGAAAUCUUCUGGGAUAACAGAAGAAGCUAUUGAGGAUUUACUGCAAGUUCUGGCUGUAAAGUCAUUGGACAGAUUGGAAGAGAUCCUUGGAGCUGCAGGAGAUGCUGUUGCUGAAUUGAAACAACUCUUUUCACUUGCUGAAAAGUUUGGCUAUUCUGAAUGGAUUCAGUUUGAUGCAUCUGUUGUCCGUGGCCUUGCCUAUUAUACUGGUAUCGUCUUUGAGGGAUUUGAUAGAGAAGGAAAGCUACGAGCCAUUUGUGGUGGUGGGAGAUAUGACCGACUGCUCUCCACAUUUGGUGGUGAUGACAUUCCAGCAUGUGGCUUUGGGUUUGGAGAUGCUGUCAUUGUGGAAUUGCUCAAGGAUAAGGGGCUUCUACCAGAUCUUAGUCCCCAGGUAGAGAAUAUCGUGUGCUCACUGGACCAGGAGCUCCAAGGAGCUGCUGCCACAGUUGCAACCAUCCUGAGACAGAAAGGCCAAAGUGUUGACCUUGUCUUGGAGAACAAACCUCUCAAAUGGGUGUUCAAGCGCGCAGCUAGGAUAAAUGCUGGCAGACUGAUCUUGGUGGGAAAUUCAGAGUGGCAAAGAGGAAUGGUUGGUGUAAAAAUCCUCUCGACCAAUGAACAGUAUGAGAUCAAACUAGACGAGCUGGAAUGACAAUCGAUCCUUUUGUGAUAAUUUUUUUGUUUUGUAGGUUUGUUGCUGAUUAUUUUCCUACUAACUUAAUGUGUUUAUCAUGUCCUGGGUUUUCGUAGUUUGUGAGAAAGUCGAAA